AUGGUAAUUUCAGAUAGGAAUCUUUACAUCAAUAAGGUAGAAGAAUUUAUGAAUGAAAAUGGAUUUGUAAAACUGGAUAACAACCCCACUUCACGACUUAUCAACAAAGUGAAGAACUUCAAAGUUUCUAAAGAGUUUGAAGAUGAGUUUGGUAAAUAUAGGAAUCUGAUUCUUCCAAACCCAAAAAUUCCUAAAUUAUACGGUCUUCCUAAACUCCAUAAGGAUAAUAUACCUAUAAGACCCAUUGUAAGCUACAUAAAUACUCCUGUUUACAAAAUAAGUAAGUUCCUGAGUGACAAGUUGAAAGAUUUAACAGAGUUCAAACCCACCUAUGGUAUAAAGAAUAGUGGUCAAUUGGUAGAUUCAUUGAGGAACUUACAAAUUCCGGAGGGUGCUAAACUGAUUUCCCUUGAUGCUAAAAACCUAUAUACUUCUAUUCCCCCAGAUGAAUGUAUUACAAUAUUAGACAAAAAGCUAACAGAAAAAAAUGUAACACCUGAAUUGAAAAAGGAUAUUACAAACCUUUUCAAGGUAUCCUUAGGACAAAACUUCUGCCAAUUUAACAAUGGAAUAUAUAAACUUGAUAAAGGUUUACCAAUGGGUGCACCUCCAUCGUCCCUGAUAGCGGAAAUUUUCAUGGAUCAUUUGGAAGAAAUACUAUUUAAUUUGAGAACUCCCAUAAUACGUCACAUUUUCAAAUAUUACAGAUAUGUGGAUGAUAUUUUCAUCAUAUUUACAGGUGGCACAGAUCUUAUUUGGGUUCUGUUGGAGCUGUUCAACUCACUACAUAAAAACAUUCACUUUACAUUGGAGAUUGGUUUCAACCAGAUCAAUUUUCUAGAUUUGACACUAACCUUGGAAGAGGACAGAAUAUCUGUGGAUGUAUAUAGAAAAGAAUCCCAAACAGUAGCAAUAAUAAAUGAAAGCUCAAACCACCCUGCUUACCACAAGUUUUCUGCCCUCAACACUUACUUACACAGACUGUUGAGUUUACCAUUGAGUAGAGGAAAUUUUGAAAAAGAGGAUAAUAAACAACCAGUGAAGAGAUUGUCGCUACCAUUUUACGGAAAGAUGUGUUAUCCCAUUGCGAAUAUAUUUAGAAGACACAACAUAGACAUAGUGUUCAAGGCCAAGAACUGCCUUUACAACUAUUUGCUAAAUUGUAAGGAUAUGACCCCAAUAUUGGAAAAGAACGGUGUGUACAAACUUAACUGUAAGACAUGUGAUAGGUUUUACAUAGGAAAAACUUUUAGAGCCCUAGGCACAAGGGUAUCUGAACACAUAAGGAACUACAACGACAAAAGUUCCUUUGGAAAACAUCUCAAAAUUAACAACCAUGAAUUUGAUAAGGAUGAGAAUGUGGAACUUCUACACAACUUGGAUAGAGGAAAUAAAAAAGACAAACAAUAUAUGAUACUUAGACCUGUAUAUUUUGACAAAGCUCCUGAAGAUGCCCUAACAAGGCGAAACAUGUAG